UGGGGCCGUCAGCGCAUGCGCACUUGGAAGGCUCGCCCCCACGCUGUUUACUGUCCCCAUGGAGACAGCGAGGCUGCCUGCGCAGGCGCAGAAGUGAUUGGCUGCCCCGAGAUGGAGCGAGAGCGGCCGCGCGAGGACGGGAGCCCGCAGGGCUCAGCUCUCACAGAGCAAGCCUUGCUGCACAGCCAGAGAGAGCUGCCAGUGAGCAACGGAGAGAUGCCAUCCAGUAUGGCUGAGAUGCCGCCCUGCCACAGAGAGCUGUUGCCCUGCGUGGCAGAGAUGCCUGGAGAAAUGCCACCCAGCAAGGCUGAGAUGGAGCCCUGUCUGGUUGAGAUGCCACCCUGCCAUGGAGAGCCGGGGGGCAGCCUUGGAAUGCUGCUGCCCUGCAUGGUCGACAUGCUGCCCAGCAAGGCUGAGAUGCCUGAGGAGCAACCGCGGCUUGAGUCCCGAGGGAAAUGCCUUGUCCAUAACUGGCAGGAGGAGAGAGCCACGAACGAGCUGGACCAAGUGCCGAGUCCAGAGCUGGGCAGCGAGGGCUUCUUCUACCGGCACGGCCACCGCGGGCUGCUCACCCUCCAGCUCCUCGCGCAGCUGGCUGACCGCACCACCAUGAAGGAUUCCUACCGCAGCCCCCGAAGGACUGGGCUGCCUGGGAGAGGGCAGCGGGAGGCCAUGCUGGAGUUAAUGCUGUACCAGAAAUACAGGAAGGAGACCCUGACGGAGCUUUACCCUCCCGCCGGGCCCAUGGAGUCACUCUCCACCACCCACUGGGACUACCGCAAGGAGGGCUUCCGGGCUGAGCUGCCGCCCCCCACCAGGCCCCAUGACUAUCGCCUGGAGCAGCCCCACACCUUCUGGCUGGAGAGCGUCCGCCAGCUGCCUGGCGUCUCCAACAUCCGUACCAGUGACACCCCCUUUAGGAGGAACGCAACCUUCACCACCCCCAUCAGCGAGUACCUGGACCAGCCCAUGCCCUACGCCCCAGAGAACUACCCCAAACUCUAGGCCCUGCAGAGCAAUAAAGAGUAGAUGGGAAUGGC